AUGGAAAUUUCUACUGGCUGUUUUUGGUUGUUGCUUUCCCAAUUUCCUUUUGUCUUUGCUCUGUCUCCCAGAGUGAAUCAAAGGAAACUUGUCUUUGAAAAGACUUCUUCUUUUGACUUGUCUUUUAUAUAGGGAACUUUCUGAUCUUACCAGAAUAAGUAAAAUUAAUGUUCAAUCUCAAGUAUUUCUGAGGACAUACUCCUUACCCACAGAAAUACACACUUGGGGCAAAAAUAGAAGAGGCUUCUCAUUCUCCCAACCACUGGACAGCAAGAGUUAACUUACAAUGAGACAAGAAGAACCUCAAAAUAAAAUAGGAGCCCAUCAUUCCCAGUUGAUCCCUUGGGCCAUUGCUGUUUUUCUCAUCUCACUGCUCAGUGCUUGUUUUAUUGCAAAUUGUUUGGUGACUCAUCGCAACUUUCUAUGCUGCAGCAGAGACACGAGGGUGUUCAAGUUACCAGAGUACCACACGAAGGUGACAUGCACCAGAGAGAAAUCAAAAUUGGAAGGGAGCACCUGGAAUUGCUGUCCUUUUGGCUGGAGAGCCUUCCAGUCCAACUGCUAUUUUCCUCUUAAUGACAACAAGACAUGGGGUGAGAGUGAAAGGAGCUGCACCAACAUGGGGGCUCAUCUGGCCAUCAUCAGCACAGAAGCUGAGCUGAACUUUAUUAUUCGAUUUUUGGAUAGACGAUUUUCGUAUUUCCUGGGACAUAUAGAUGAGAACCAUGAAGGCCGGUGGUCGUUGGUGGACAAGACACCAUUUAACCCACAUAAUUUAUUAAGGCGUGAGGGUGAACCCAACAAUCAGGAAGAAAAUUGUGUUGUCCUUGUUAAUGUUCAAGACAAAUGGGCCCGGAAUGAUUUUCCUUGUAACUUUGAGACAAAAGGGAUUUGUAAAUUACCUGGAACAGCAUUCAACUAGAAACCUCCAAAGGACUCCUUGUGAUGGGGAUGACAAAGAAGAACCAAAUAGACUAGGAAAGAAUGCCCCUGCAUCGUUGAAACAGAGAAAACCUUCUGAGAAAAUAGAACAUUUUCAGUUAUGAUGGGCUUAUUUAUUUUUGUUCUGUUCAUUCAAGAUAACGUGUUUCUGCCACAAGAGA